AUGGGAAGUAAUAGUAGAAAAAUUGACGGUGAAGGAACUUCUGGAAUCAAAAGGGUUGAAGAAGAUGAUGAUGAUGAUAAUUAUGAAUAUGAACCAGAAAUGAAUUUUAUGCCUUCUCAAAUUCUUCUUGACAUGCAACAGGUUCCUGGAAUGAUGAGAGCAGUUGAAUCGCCACAACGAUGGAUGCAUAACAGAUAUGUAGAAACAAUGGUUCAUGAAAGAUUGAAAAGUGUGAGGAUUAUAUGGAAUCAUGGAGGUACCAAUGUUGCUAUUGCAGGUUCAUGGAACAACUGGGAAACAACAGAGGCCUUGCAGAAUGUAAGUCAUCACUUUGCGAUUGUGAAAACACUUCCAAUAAGAAUCUAUCAUUAUCGUUUCAUCGUAGAUGGUUAUUGGACACACGCCCCAGAUCUUCCAUACGAUUUUGACGAUUCGGGUUAUGUCUACAAUAUAUUGGAUUUGCAGGAUUAUACCCAGCUAAGAGUACAAUAUCCUGAAGAUCCAUCAUCACCUCCGUCGAGUUACGAUAACAUAUUCCUAAAUGAAGAUGAUUUCAACAAGCCUGUACCAGAAUUACCACCACAACUACAGGUUACAACAACGCAAGAAGCCGCGUCGACGAGCGAUGCUGGUACUGUUUCAGUCCCUAGUUUAACACAUGUGGAUUUGAAUCAUCUAUACAUUCACAAAUCUGAUGAUGAACAAUUUGUGGCACUAAGGUCAACUCAUAGGUUUCAACAAAAAUUUGUCACUACAGUAAUGUACAAGUCUCUGCACAGAGAAAGAUAA